UUGUGAAAUGCUAAAUUGAGUUAUCAAGAUUUUAAUAGCCAUAUUAGGGGCCUAGUUAGUUUUCAAACUGCAAAUUAUUCACACAUGCAUUAUAAAGCAGAUAGGGAUUUCCUACCAAAACCUGAAACAAUCUGUGUCAAUGUUAAGAAAGUUUCAUCAAAUAAGAAUUGGUAGACAUUUCUGGUUAUUGAAUGACUGCCGGCCAGAGAUUAUACACACUUGAAUCUGGCUACGAUGUGAUAAGAAUACGAUCCAUAAAUUCUACACCCAUUCCAUCCAAAAAGCCUGCUGUAAUAGUGUGACGGAAUCGUGUCAUUGAUCGGAAGCACUUUUCGAUUCAACAUCACCCAGAAUGGCCAAGAGUAAAUUUGAGUACGUGAAGCAGUUUGAACAACCGGAUUCCUGUCUGCCGAACUGUUGGCUGGUGGUCAGAGUCGAUGGAAAAAAUUUUCACAAAUUUUCGGACACGCACAACUUCCUGAAGCCAAACGAUGUCCGAUCUUUGAACCUGAUGUCUAAGGCUGCCGAAGUAGUCAUGAAUGAAUUCAAGGACAUUAUCCUAGCCUACGGACAAAGCGAUGAAUAUAGCUUUGUAUUCAAACGAAAUACAAAUACAUACAACAGGAGAGCGAGCAAACUCUCCUCGACCGUCUGUAGUCUCUUCACAUCAGCAUAUGUGUUUCAUUGGAGGGAUUACUUCAUUGCCAAGCAGUUGCAAUAUCCACCAGCAUUUGAUUCCAGGACCAUUGCCUACCCAACUAUCCGCAAUAUUAAAGACUACCUAUGCUGGAGACAAGCUGACUGCCACAUCAACAAUUUGUACAACACAUGUUUCUGGAAGCUCGUCCAAGAGGCUAACAACACGCCAAAACAAGCACAGGAGAGACUAAAGGGCACCCUCUCAAGUGACAAGAAUGAGAUCCUAUAUACCCAGUUUGGAAUGAACUACAACAACGAGUCGGAGAUAUUCAGGAAAGGGAGUGUGCUGCUUCGGAAAAAGGUACAAAAACCCAAAGUUCAUUUUAUUGAGGAAACAGUCAUACAACCUGUGCCCACAGCAAAUGGCCUGGAAACCGUUGAAAGACAAUAUACCAAAUCAAAAGUUUGCAUCGUACCAUUCCAUUGCGAUAUCAUUGGCGAGAAAUUUUGGAGAGAAAACCCGGAUCUUUUAGGGACAGAAAGCUGAUAGACAUUGACGUGUCUCAAAAUGGACUUGUAUCUAAAUGGAAUGCAGCUGUAUUUUAUAUGUUAUGGAUCACUGAGAGCAGAAGACAAUACACGAAUGUGCUUGCAUGGCAUCUGCUGCCAUUGGUUAGUCAAAAUUGUUAGCACUAAAACAUGAAAAAUAUGAUACAUGUACAUGUAGACAGCUGUUCAUUUGGCAUAAUUCGUGUACAGGUUGGGUGGCUGGCAAAUGCUUCCCCAUAAAACAGGUUAAGUGGUGCUUUCAGAACGUGGUAGCUUGAGGUACUAAAAAAGGUAUGUUUCUGUGUGGUUUCCUAAUCUAUUAGGAAGGAUAGCUGUCUUUUUUCAUUGCUGUAGUAUUUAUGCGUGCCAGUUGGUAAAUGUCUCAGCAGUAAUUUGACUGUAUGUAUAUAUCUCAUGAUAAAUGGUUAAUAAAG